AAAACGUAAAAUUUGCACAGGUGCAAAUUGUGGCAUUGCGUACACUCGCCAGGUUUCUUCUGACAAAGUCGUAGGGCAGUUUUGGCCACUAUCAAGCUGUCCUGGCUGAAUAAUUGACCCUGGCCGACAGCAAGGACGCCUGGAAUCACUGCUACUUUACCAUCUUCGGAAAGAACUUGGCGAAGGAUCGAGGUCGCCACAGUAAACCUCUGUCCCAGAAUGGCUAUGAGGCUUUGAAAGUCCACACUGCCGUGGUUGUCACAGAGGGUCUGGACCACGAAUUUAGAGACCUCCGCAGUCAUCUUCCACUUGGUUUGUCACAGUUUGUGGAACUAGUUUCGUCUACUGUGGAUAGCAAGCUGCUUUCAGAGAAACGAAAGUGGUUACAGGAUGUUCCAACGCAGCACUCUUGGCAGAGAAUGAGAUGUUUGAACGUUUUAUCACCCGCAUGAACCCUCAGGAACUCUUGUUGACCGAGUAUGAGAGUCUGGGAGUAGAGAAAACCACUGAGAGCAAGGAUCAAGAAUGGAGGCGGAGAUCUCAGUGCAACUUGCCCGAUGGCCUUUUGCAGCUAACAUUGGAACAGAAACUCUGCGUGGCGCAAAGGGAAGUAGCAGAGGUGAUAAAAGACAAAGAGAAGCACAGAGAAACAUUUGAGAGAACCAAGGACAACUACAAGGCCUCCCUGAAAGAAAUAGAACUGCAGCGUGCAGACAUUCACAGGUCCAAGAAUGAAUUGGAAGAUGCAAUGAUGAAGAUCUCAAACUUGAGAGAACCAGAGAUGGUGCUCCAGUACAUCAGGAGUAAGCAAGCUACCCAGUGUGAGACUUUGAAACUAAAGAUCCAAGCCCUGAAGCGGCAGGAGAAGAAGCUCCAGCAGCAGCUGCAGGAGAAACGAGACAUGGGAAAAGCAGGACUUGGGGACAUUUUCAUGGAGUACAGCGAGCCGAUAAUCGACGUCAACAUUGGAGAGCUCCGAAUCAAACUUUUGCAAGCGCAGCGUGUCCUCAACUCUCACCAGUUCCCCUUCAAAAUGUGUGGACAGGAAGCACUUCAUGGUGUGACACAGGAAUCUGUAGAGCUGAGCAGUGACAUCACCAGGAGGAAGAAGAUGCUGCAGAAAAUUGAGCAGGAGAUACUGCGUGCUGAAGAGGAACGUUUGAAGGCCGAGGGCGUCAACAAGCAGCUGCGUCGCCAGAUGUCAGAGUACCAGGCGCCGGACGUUUCUCAAUACAUGCACAUCAAGGACGAACACAAGAAGCUGCAGCAGAGCGUUCACGCUUGGCAGAGGAAGGUUGGAGUUGCUGAGAUGACCUCAAAGACGAAAUCCUGGAAGCAACCCAGAGGCACUGCUGUAGACAGUACAGAUGUUGGCACAGUGAAGCUGCCACACAUAGCAUAGAAUGCCAGUGAACACAGCGUAGAGUCAGAAGAAUUUAGAAUUAGAAAUUAACUUCUUCUAAUGAUCCUGUUUAAUUUUACGGUCGUUUCUUAGUUGAGUUUCAAAUUUCCAGAAAACUUUGAUGGAAAAGUUCCAAAAUUGGACACCUUUUAGGGCAAUCAAUUACAAUACAUAGACCAGUGGUUCUUAAGCUGGGUUCGAUCGAACCCUAGGGGUUCGACGGAGCCUCCACCGCGGAGGUCAAGACACACCCGACUCAUCUUGUAAAUAAAAACUUCUCCCUAUCGGCGUAUUAUAGAUAAUACCAAACAAUGUCCCCUCUAAUUUUCCAUCUGAUUUGCAAGUGUGUAAUUUGUUGUGAGUUCAUGCACUGUGUUGGUUUUGUUCUUUGAACAAGGUGAUGUUCAUACACGGUUCAUUUUGUGCACCAGUAAAAAAAAACAUAACUCUGUCUUGAAUUUGAAAAAAAUUAUAAUUUCAUUUUUUACUAAAGAAGUGUUCGGUGAAUGCGCAUAUGAAACUGGUGGGGUUUCGGUACCCCCAACCAGGUUAAGAACCACUGAUAUAGACAUUUACUGGAAAAUUAAAAUAUCAAUUAAGAUAUUGCAAAGAAACAUUCAACCCCCGUAGAAAAUCACGUGACUUAGACGGUAGAGCGGCUGUGCCAGCAACAUGCGGGUUACUGGUUUGAAUCCAGCUUCCGCCAUCCUCGCCACGUUGUGUCCUUGAGCAAGACACUUCACCCAUCUGAUAUAUCGUGGUUAGCAGUGGUGGGCCGUGCGUUUCCCACCUAGGCCUUCAGUGAUGUCCGACUUCAAUGAUUACCUCUCAAAAUACCAUCAUUGAUGUCACCUCAUGACCAUUGCUGGAGAAAUACUAUACAGGAACACAUUUACGCCCUACUGUGAAUUGAAACACAUCAACAGUGUACAAAAUGGGUUAUUUUCUGGCGCAUUUAAAAAACAAUUCAAACACAUCAGCAAUUUAAACAUAUCUUAUGUAGUACUGUCUAAAUUUAAAUUGCAAAAAAACAUUAAAAGUGAAAAAAUAUAUAUAUUUGAACUCACAAUUUGUAGCAGAUAUUCGACGCCGUAUAAGCCAGCGGUACCCCUCGUCGCCGGCUUAUUCGAGUGGAAAUGGCGAGCAUUUGCCCAUUUCAUCGCCAGAACAGCUGAGCUAGCUUCCGGGGUUGGCCGACAUCAUCUCACAAGAUGUAGUUUCUCUUUAAAUAUCCUUCUUGAAAAUGGCCUUGCAAAUAUAUAUCUGCCACCUAGUCAACGUUUUGUUCUCCCUCUCUGCUAUCCCGGUCUGGCUAUGGCGCAACACUUCCUGCUUCCUGCUAAAUUGAAACUUGUGAAUGGAUACUCACUUUGGAAUGACAAGUGAGUGUCCAAUCACAGUCUCGUUAACAUCAGGCUACUUAGAUAGGCUACUUGUGAUCUGAUUGGCAAUCACAACUGUCUCUCAACUCUGUGUUUCCAAAUUCAUGGUUCAACAUGAGGCCAUCUAGAAGGCCUUACUGACAACUCGUGAUCUGAUUGGCUAUCGCAACUGUCUGUCAACUGUAUGGCCCCGUUCACUUACAGUGCACAGACGCCCGCAUUGUUGAUUCUGAAGGCCUUGGGCAGAUUUGGUACAGCAUGGCAACAUAAACUAGCUGAAUUCUGAUUGGAUACAAACUAAAACUAAAACAACAGCACUGGAAGGAGCAUAAUAUGACAUGAAGAGAAUAUGAAUACUUUUAGACAUUCAGGGAAAGUAAAUUAAAAAAUAAUUUAAUCUUUAAUUAUGAUCAUGAUUUCUGGUUAUGUUAGGCCAGGGGUCACCAACCUUUUUGAAACCAAGAGCUAUUUUUUGGGUACUGAUUAAUGCAAAGGGCUACCAGUUUAAUACACACUUAAAUAAAUUGCCAGAAAUUGCCAAUUUGCUCAAUUUACCUUUAACUCUGUUAUUAUUAAUAAUUAAUAAUAUUUGUCUUUGUGGAAACACUGAUCAUCUUAAUGAUUUCUCACAAUAAAUAUAUAGAGAAACAGAUAAAUAUCAAUAUGCAACACUUUAUUUUUAUAUUUUCUCCAAGUGCACAUUUUUCAAAUUGAACAUUUUCAAAUGAUCACUUCUAAGACAGUCUUGUGAAAUCACAAUAUCCCAUUUUAACUAGCUAGCCACUAACAUUUUUUAACAAAUCAUGAAUUACUUUGCACCAUGUUUGUACAAAUAACUCAUGUAAAAUACAAAAGUCAACUCUCAAAUGUUUAAAUAAAUCAUGUCACACUUUGAACUGGACACCAAAUCUGUUAUCUGUUUCUUUGUCAGUUAGUGAAGACCAAGUCUUUAAAAUAUUUUCUUGGAUUUUCAAAUUCUAUUUGAGUUUUGUCUCUCUUAGAAUUAAAAAUGUUGAGCAAAGCGAGACCAGCUUGCUAGUAAAUAAAUAAAAUUUAGAAAAUAGAGGCAGCUCAAUGGUAAGUGCUGCUAUUUGAGCUAUUUUUAGAACAGGCCAGCGGGCGACUCAUCUGGUCCUUACGGGCGACCUGGUGCCCGCGGGCACCGCGUUGGUGACCCCUGUGUUAGGCCAACAGAGGGUUAGCGCAUCGCAUGGCAGCUUCCGCCAUCAGUGUGUAAAUGUGUGUGAAUGAAUGGUUGAAUGUGACCUACAGUGUAAAGUGCUUUGGGUAUA